CAUCUUUUUCAUUACAGCAAACUUUUGAGGUUUCUUUGCUCUUCCCAUCGUUGAACUCAAGCAAUAAUUCAGAUGUAAUGGAGACUAAAACAGGCAGAAAUGAGCUUUCUUUCAACACAAAAGACAACGAGACCUUUAGGUUCUUCUUCUUCUUCUUUCUUUCAGAUGCAAGAAUCGAGCAGAGAGAGUGAGAGAGAGAUUAGUUUGUUCAAAUUAGGGGUUUAGUAUUUUAUCCGAACCAAAUCUGAUCAAAUUAAACCGAACCAAACCGAGUUGAUGUGGGCUCGGCCCAUACACGAAGCUCUGAUGAGUCUUCUCUUCUCUGACGGCGUCUCUGCAUAAACCGGCGAUGACGCUCAAGGAAGGAAGCUGAGAGAGAGUUACAAAAACAAAAUGGAAGAUGAUGAAGAGCCACCGAUGGCUAUCCAAAUCCAACCGGAUGUUUCUGUCGGAAAGAAUCUCUCAUCAAGCGACGCUGUUUCAGUUGGUGUCUGUCGGCGCGGGAAAAUCCACCCUUGUAAAUUAACGAUGGAGAAGAGAAUCGCUGUGAUCUUGAAUGAGUUUGGGGAAGAGAUUGGUGUUGAGAGGGCUAUGAUUAACGAUGGAGAUGAAGGUGCCAUUGUUGAGGAAUGGGUUGAGCUCGCUAAUGGCUGUGUUUGCUGUACUGUUAAGCAUAGCCUUGUUCAAGCCCUCGAGCAGCUUGUUCAGAGAAAAGACAGACUUGAUCAUAUAUUGCUGGAGACUACAGNGAUCACAGCUCUACUUUAG